CUCCGCUCCCGAUACGAUUUCGCGCAGGCAUCGAUAUUGCGCACCAUGAGUCCACUGAAAACCGUCUUCUUGGAUAUCGACAAUACCCUCUACUCUGCAUCGACGAAAGUCUCCGCGGCCAUGGGGCAGAAAAUUCAUGAGUAUUUCGUUGGAAUGGGCCUCGAUCACGACGAGGCUUCCACUCUGCAUCACCAAUACUAUACUUCCUAUGGCCUAGCGCUGAGAGGUCUAAUACGCCACCAUUCUGUGGACCCCCUCGAUUUUGACGCCAAAUGUGACCAAGCACUCCCUCUUGAGGAUCUCAUCAAGCCGACACCACACCUCCGGAAGCUACUGGAAGACAUGAACCGCGAAAAAGUGAGGAUAUGGGCCCUCACCAACGCCUACCGAUUUCACGCCCAACGUGUCCUGAAAAUACUUCAAGUAGAUGAUCUCCUGGACGGCGUGAUUUUCUGUGACUACGAAGAGCCUAACUUCGCCUGCAAGCCUGACGCCGAGUACUACCAUCGAGCUUUGGUUAAAGCCCAAGUGUCCGAUCCAUCCGAUUGCUAUUUCGUCGACGAUAGCGGAAUCAAUGUGAAAGCUGCGCGCGCCUUAGGCUGGGGUCACGUCGUUCAUUUCUGCGAAAGAGGACUCGUUCACGUGGAAGGCGGUAAAGCAAAGGAAAUAGCACAGACAGAGUCUUUGGAAGGGAUCGAUGUCAUUGAAGACUUGGAGGAGCUAAGAAAGGUUUGGCCUGAGAAGCGAUCUAUGAUCUCAUGUGAUAGAUGUGUUUUGCCUUUCACAGCAAUGGACUACAAACCGCAAUACCAACAACCUUUCAGUCUGGCCGAAGUAAGACUGCUCGAUGUCCAGACAAUAGCUGAAGAAAUCUCUCGCCUUCAAAACUCUCUUCAGCGACUGCAUGAAACACAGACCCUCUUGAAAGAAGCCCUCAUCUCUGAACCAGACCCUGAACUUUCCAAGGCAUUGGAAGAGAACGAGACUGUCAUUGGGUCCCAAACGGAACGAAUCAGUAUCUUAAAGCUUGCGUUGACUGAGAAAGGAAUCGCUACUAGUGGGCACUACGACGAGGUAGUUCACAAGUCGGAGGAUACCCCAGCGGUCCAGCGAAUAGUCGCACCACAACCAGUUCCUGACGAGGACGGCGUCGAUCUGUAA